AUGGAGGCGAUAUUUACCGAUGCUUAUCGCAAAGUAUCUCGCGGGAGACUUUUAACUUCGUUCAUUUCAACAAAUCUCUCUCGUUUCGUUUCUUUUCUUUUUUUUUCCCUCCUCCACGUCAAUUUUUUUUUUCUCGGUCCGGCAUUUUUCCCACUUUCCUUUUUGAUUUCUUUCUUUAUCUUAUUUUUAUAUCAUUCAUUUUCUCUCGUUCUUUCCCCUGUUGUUUUUCUCCUCUCUCUCUCUCUCUCUCUCUCUCUCUUUCUUUCUAUCUCUCUCUUUCGUUCUUUCUUUUUCUAUCUAUCUCUCUUCUUUUCACUUUCUCUCUUUCUCGCUUUCUCUUUCUCUCUCUCUCUUUCUCUUUCUCUCUCUUGUUUUCUUUUUUCUCACUAUCUCGCUUUCUCUUUCUCUCGCUUUCUCUUUCUCUCGCUUUCUCUUUCUCCCUCUCUUUCCCUAGCUUUUUUUUUCUCUCGCGCUUUCUUUCUUUCUCUUUCUCUCGCUUUCUCUCUCUCUCUCGCUUUCUCUCUCUUUCUCUCACUUUCACUUUCUCUCUCUCUAUCUUUCUCUCGCUUUAUUUUUUCUCUCGUGCUUUUUCUCUCUCGCAUUCUCAUUCUCGCUUUCCCUUUUUGUCUCUCUUUCGCUUUCUCUCUCACUUUUCUCUCCCUCUCUAACUCUUUCUCUUCGCGAUUUUUCUCUCUCGCUGUCUCUUUCUCUCUCUCUCUCCCUUCCUUUCUCUUUCCUUCUCUCUCGAUUUCUCUCUCAUUCUCGCUUACACUUUCUCUAUCUAUCUCUCUGCUUUUCACUUUCUCGCUUUUUCUUUCUUUCUCUCUCUCUCUCUCUCUCACUCUUUCUCUUUCUCUCUCUUUUCUUUUUUCUCACUAUCUCGCUUUCUCUUUCUCUCGCUUUCUCUUUCUCUUGCUUUCUCUUUCUCCCUCUCUUUCCCUAGCUUUCUUUUUCUCUCGCGCUUUCUUUCUUUCUCUUUCUCUCUCUCGCUUUCUCUCUCUCGCGCUUUCUCUCUCUCUCUCACUUUCGCUUUCUCUCUCUCUAUCUUUCUCUCGCUUUAUUUUUUCUCUCGUGCUUUUUCUCUCUCGCAUUCUCAUUCUCGCUUUCCCUUUUUUUCUCUCUCUUUCGCUUUCUCUCUCACUUUUCUCUCUCUCUCUAACUCUUUCUCUUCGCGAUUUUUCUCUCUUGCUGUUUGUCUGUCUGUCUUUCUCGCUUUCUCUUUCUCUCUCUUUCCCUCUCUCGCUUUCUCUUUCUCUCUCCCCCACCCCGCUUGGUGGCGCCACUAAACACGAGACGAUCUUGUUCAGUCGCCAUAUUCUCACAUUAGCCUCAUAUCUCAACUCCUGCAAACAAACAGACAUGACACAAAUAAGAGCAACUUACAGUCCCCCCUUUACACCCCCUGGUUUUCUUAACCUAUCAUUUUUCUUCAACCCUUACCGAAAUGUUCUCUCUCUUUUCUUCUCCGAACCGAUUCUUGAGCUAUCUAUUUUUUUUUCUUUUCUAAUCAUCAACUUAACACGGACAUUUGAAUAA